AAUGGCAUCGAACAAAUGCCGCCUGUAUCUUUAAAGAGCUCUGUCCCCACUCCUUGCCUUCCCUCCCGCGGAGUUGUAAUUUGAGAGAGAAGCUAAAAUGCAGGAAGACUAAAGACGCCGCGAUGAUGCAGAUGGACAUGCAGGCUGGGAAGAAAUUAAAACAAAGAGAGGAAGUCAAACAGUAAACUCAACACAGGAAAAGUUAUGCUGCUCCCGGGUGGUGACGUGAGCUAGGCAGACACAGCAGUACAAGACGUCAUCACCAGUCUGGUUUUAGACUUCGAUAAGAAACUUCUCUCAUCCCCUGAUACCCGCUCUGCACCCCCUUGAAACUUGUCGAGCAGGCUGCUGAUAAAAAAACAAAAACUUGAGGAUCAACUUCCGCUAGGCUAAAAAGUUUGAACAGCAGAGCGCGGAUUGAGUACAGAGCGUCUUGGGAACAGUCUCUCUGGAUGGACACGGCGGGCACAAAGAGGACUAACUCCUUACUGAAGCCACUAAGGGACGGCUUGCUGCUCUGGAUCUUUGUAGGGGGGUGUCUGGCGGAGUGUGAUGUGUGUAGCAGGUACUGCUGCGGUGGCUCUCCUCCCUUCUGCUGCUCCUACUAUGCCUACAUCGGCAACGUCCUCUCGGGCACCGCCAUCGCAGGGAUCGUGUUUGGUAUCGUGUUCCUGAUGGGAGUGAUCGCGGGCGUGGCCAUCUGUAUCUGCAUGUGCAUGAAGAGUGGGCGGAGCUCCCGCGUGGGUGUCUUCAGGACCGCUCACAUCAGCACCAUCGGGGGCUAUCCAGCGGCACCCCCUCCUUACAACUAUGAGUUCGAGAUGGAUUAUCAUGCUGACCUGCCACCUCCCUACACCCCCACUCCUCCCAGGACUGUCCCCUACUCUCCCCCUCCACCCUACCCAGGAUACUCAAGGAAAUAACCCCCCCCCCACGCUCUACACCUCUCACACUGUACGCAACGAAAACCAGGAGGCUGAGAGGACUACGGGAAGACAGCACAGCCCCCUGCUGGGUCGAACUGAGCACUGAGAAAUCAUACCUGGACCUCGUGAGGGACAAGCAGACAUCUUAAGAAAGACUAGUUUAUUCCUCAUAUUGGAAGGCAUUUCAAAUGUAAAUCAAUGCUUAAUUAGUGAGUUUCCAUUAUGAAUGUAUUGACCUCUCAUAAACCCUAUUACUGCUAAGAGAUGUGCUUGCUUACAGGUGUGGCAUUAAGAUUGAGCUUCUUUAUAGGUAGUUCUGUCACCAGUAAUUUUGGGAACCUGUGAAAAAUGCAGAUGUUUCAGAGUGAUAUUCAUGAAGCUGAUGAACACCGUAAAAUAAAAACAUUACAGUGUUAAGUACUAUGCUGCAGAAUUGAAUAAAGUCCUGUAUAGUUUACUGUUGUUAAUGUUACGUCUUCAGAGUAGAAAAAUCGGAGUGCUUUUGUUUAUUGCUGUGGUCGAACACCAGAGUGUGGAAUCCCAGUGAAAGUGAAUGGCAGAGAGUUUCAUGUUGACGUAUCUUAUGGUCUGCUGCUAUAUAUUUUAGUUUCGGCCACUGCUGUAGAAUAUGGCAUGUAUACAGUGCUAUGGGAACCAUACUGUAUUAUUAUAAUUAUUAUUGUUAAAACACACUGAAAAAUGUGAUGCACAUGGUUUGCACUGACUGUGUAUUGACUAUUGACUUUAUGAGGUUAGUUAAGAUGAGCAAAAAAAUAUAGCAGAGGAGGAACACAUCCAACAUUUUUUAAAGGUGUUUUCAGAACAUGUUUUUGAAUAAUCUGGCUAAAAUCUGAGCAAUUUGCUAUAAACUGAAAGUAAUGAAGAUAUCUUCUCCUACUCUAAAAUAUUCAGAUAGAUUGCAGUGGACUACAGAAUGUUUUUUUGUUUUUUUUAGACUUUUUUUAAUAUAAUAAUCCUAUGGAUACAAUAAAAUGUUAUUACGUUCUCAGAGGAUAUGGGAUUACACUGGACAAACAAAGAGGGAUGCUUUUAUUUGGUUGUCUAGUACGGACGGGACCACAGUCGCAGCUUGUAUACCGUUUAUUUUAAGUUCCUCCAUCCUCAGCAACGUUAGCAUUCACACUCUGCAUGUUGUGGGUAAUUGAGACCGAUGUACAGAAAUGACACAUAAUUGUUGCUUUGAAAACUAUGCAAGAGAAAUGAUCUGUGAAUGGUAAAAACUGUAAUUGGCUAAAAAAUAGUGUGUAAUCUAUGGACUAAAGAAGGACUGUUCUGCUGAAUGGAUGAAUACAAAAUGUUCACAAUAAUAUUCCCACAUUUUUGUUGCCAUACGAUCAAGACCAUCUCUAUGGCAGAGUUGCCUGUCUUAUCAGCAUUCUGUCCAGAAAGGUGUCUGAAGAAUAGUUAACCUCCUGUUAUGAACACAGGAUUGAUAACUAUGUGCAAAGAAAGACAGAGAGCAAAGCAAAAUUGAACCAGCUUGUGUUGUUUCUAAGCAGCAUGAUGUCUGAGCAUGGAUUUUGGUUAAAGAUGGAUGGGACUGCAGAUGUUUUACAGCUAUGAUUUGAAUACCCAGAUUUAAGUUUUUUUUUUUUUGUCUUGUAACAUACCAGGUUAGAUAAUGGAAAUGACCUUUGUAAUUGUUUUAACAGUUGAAAAUAUUUGAAGGACUGAAUAUUGAGAAUUCACCUUGAGAAUAUAUUCAGCAGACCAAAGUGAUUUGAUUGUUGUACCUGAGAUAAGCACAAAUGACGACUCAAUAAAAUAAAAUAAAAUUGUGUAUAUUUGGA